CGCUUGUGGUUCAGCAUCCCUCUCUUGGGCUCCCCCCCGUCUCUUUCAGCCGUCCUCGGACCAUCUCCCCCACAUCUGCGCCCUUUCCCCCUGCAGCACUCCUUCCGCAGCUGCCGGCUGCUGAAGCAAUCGUAGCAGCUACCGUAUCGCAGUCACACUGGCGGAUCGCAGUCGCCGUAGGGAGAGGGAGGACUCGGAGGAACGCCAACCCCGGGUGACCCGCAGCAGCAACAGGCGGGAGGAGAGGGAGUACCACCCAUACACUCGCGACAGCAAGAUGUCGGGCGCGGCAUUCCGGCCAGGCGAGGAGGAUGCCUCCCUGGUGGACUUCAUCAAGAUCUCCAGCAAGGAGGAGCCGCGGCACUACUCUGCCAAGAUUGCGUGGAACGCGCGCAACAACAGCCACAUGCCGCUGCUGGCCACCGGCGCCCCCGCCAUCAACUGUGCCAUCAAGGCGGUGGCCAUCGCGCGGCGGCUGCUAGAGGAGGACAGCCUGGAGCUGUUUGUGCAGCCGGCCUUCCGCGAUAGAAGCAUGGCCAACUCCCUGGCCCUCUACGUCUCAUCCAAGUCCAAGCGCGCCACAGAGGGCCUCAUACAGAAUGCCAGCGAGCUGACGGCGGGCAAGGGCAGCAAGCCCACGGUGGUGGCAGGCGCCAUCUCCAACCGCGCGCGCGAGGGCGGCUGCCCCAACAUCACAGGCAUCGGCCCCGAGGCCGUGUGCAACGCCAUCAUGGCGGUGUGCCACGCGCGGCUGUACCUGGAGCAGGACCACCUGGACAUACGCGUGGUACCGUCCUUCGAGGAGGUUGAGAAGGAGGACCGCACAGGCGACAAGCACACCAUGACCGCCGUCAAGCUGCAGGUGGUGGUGGAGAAGGUGUGAGCCGCCUGCGCCGCCCUCGGCCGGGCGUGUGCUGCCGGAGCGUGACGGCAGCCGGCGCGGGAGGGCUGGCUGGCGGGCCGCUCCCGCUGAGCGCCCAGCUCCAGUACCUCACGGCAUGAUGACUGGACGGCAGCACACCCGGGCCUAGCGACCACCAGCGAUUUAUCAGACGAGAGAAAAGGAUGCACCAAGUUGAGCAGCUGCCGUCCCGCGCAGCCUGGACCCCCCCGACUCCCCUCCCGCCCAGCUCCUCACUGCCCCUGCCUUGCGCCCACGCUGCCUGUUCAUGACCCUGCAUCCGCCUGCUUUCUUUGAAUACAAGCCGCCGCUUUAUCCCCACCUGCGGGCAUCUGCUCCCCAGCGCCCCCGACCCCUUUUACCAGCCCCCAUCCCUGCCUUUUCCGCCCUCCGUCGUCCCCCUCCACUAGUCUCAAGACCGCCGUCCGCCUGCAUCUCCGCUCGGCUUCUGUUCGCUGCCGCGCCGCGCCUCUGCCCUUUCUGCGCGUGCGCGGCCGGGUUUAACAUGGUGCCGAUC